CACUCCACGGGUUGGUCCCUCCUUUCCGGUUACGAAACGCAGUGACAGAGGCCAUCUUGCUUUCAUUUUCACUUGUCUGACAUUUGUUUCUAUUUAAUAAAUGCGUUUACCAAUCUGCCUAAAUACUACUGUGUAGGAAGAAGGGUAACAGAAAGACGAAAAUGCGUUGUCGUUGACCCUCUUUUAAGAUAUGAGCUGAAAACCUUUUUGCCACAUAUCUCACUGGUUGGGGGUUUGAAUCCUGUGUGUGCCCAGACACAUGUGGACCUCUGUGUGUCCAGUGGUGGACUGGGAUCCCAUUCAUCGCGUCGCGGGGACAGACUCAAUGAUCACUAUGACGCUUUACUGAAGGGAUCUUUCUGUACACUCAGAUCAAGGUGGAAGACAAUCAUGAAGUGGUGAUGGCAAGGGCUAAGUUAAAAACAUACAUGACCGCAGCCGGAUUUUUGCUGGUCAUAUUCAUCAUUACCACUAUCUUGAAGUCGCUGCAGCCAGAGGGCUCUGUGUUAGGGAGUCCCUUUGCUCUUGGGCUUUUCCCGCAUCUCAGGAAGACUGAAAAAAGUGAAACUCAUUUGCACGUUCCAGAGCUUAUUGUGACUGCUAGGACAGCCCCAGCGGAAGGGAAGAGACAACUUGAGGAGAGAGCCAUGAGUCUGCAAGUCGCACACAAGGCCUUUCCGCCACCCAAUUACAACCUGCAUGCAUUCUACUACUCAUGGUAUGGCAACCCGCAGUUUGAUGGCAAGUACAUCCACUGGGACCACCCCGUCUUGCCUCACUGGGACUCUAAAGUGGACUCGCAGUAUCCCAAAGAAAGGCACAGCCCCCCAGAGGACAUCGGGGCCAACUUUUAUCCUGCACUUGGAGCCUAUAGUUCCAGGGACCCAACAGUCGUCGAAGCCCACAUGCAACAGCUUCGGACGGCAGCUGUCGGUGUCAUAGCCCUUUCCUGGUAUCCACCCAAUACAAAGGAUGAUAAUGGUGAGCCUACUGAUGACAUCACCCCCCUGGUUUUGGACGUGGCUCAUAAGUACCAAGUGAAGGUUGUUUUCCAUAUAGAGCCAUACAAAGGAAGGGAUGACCAAAGCAUGUUCAGCAAUAUCAAGUACAUUAUCGAGAAGUAUGGGGACCAUCCUGCCUUCUUUCGCUACAAGUCUACUGAUGGAGCGGCUCGUCCCCUGUUCUACGUGUAUGACUCGUAUCUACUAGGUCCAGAAAAAUGGGCAAACCUUUUAAAGAGCAACGGUCGCCAUAGUAUAAGGAACACGCCGUUCGACGGUCUCUUUAUAGCUCUGCUGGUCGAGGAACAGCACAAGAGCGACAUUUUGGCGUCCGGCUUCGACGGCAUCUACACCUACUUUGCCACCAACGGUUUCACCUACGGCUCAUCGCACCGCAACUGGAAGUCCAUCAAAAGCUUCUGCGACAGGAACGGCCUGCUCUUCGUACCCAGCGUCGGCCCGGGCUACAUGGACACCAGCAUCAGACCAUGGAAUUCGCAGAACACGCGGAACCGCAUCAACGGGAAGUACUACGAGACCUCGUUUGAGGCCGCGGUGGAGGCCCGGCCCGACAUCGUGUCCAUAACCUCUUUCAACGAGUGGCACGAAGGGACCCAGAUUGAGAAAGCUGUACCCAAAACAUCCAGCAAAACUGUUUACCAAGACUACCUGCCUCACAAAUCUGACGUGUACUUGGAGAUCACCCGCAAGUGGAAUGAAAUUUUUGUUAAAGAAAGGAAGAAAUGGCUAGUCUGACAGAAAACACAUGGCAUCAAAUAAAGAAUAUCAGUCCAGCUAUUGUGGACCAUGGCAAAUAAUUUCAUUAUUUUAUUUUUUUUACUUUAUCUGACAUUUUCAUCCAAUCUGACUUACAGUAGAGUGAAGGGUUGUGAUUUUUUUUUUCUCUGUGCUCCCUGAGGUUUGAACCUACAACCUUUGUGUUGGCUAGUUGAGCUAUAGGGUUUCAUGAACUAAUCGCAGCUUAGAGAUGUAAAUGAACACCAUUGAUUGGUGUUUGGGCUGUGGGAGGAAACUGCGUGCUAGAAUCAUUCCUGCCAGGUGUGCAGGAUAAACGCUAUUGGCUGAGCUCACCUGUUACUCAGAAUGAGAGGCGUAAAGGAGACCUGCAGACUGAUGGCCUUAAGUCUCAUGUUUUGUAAAUCUGUCUUAUGCUCUUUACAUCUCUGUAUUUAAAAUGAUAAAGCAUAGGAUUGUGGCCCUUCCCACGGCACAAGAGAGCAUGCUGAGGAAAUCUAAGAGCAGCGAUUCUCAACCCAUGGGUCGCGGCAAGUACUGAAAGGGUCACGAGGCAGAGCUGGAAAUAUAAGCAUUUUAAAACCAGCAAGUUCCUAUGCUGAUCCACGAUCAGAUAUCCCAGCCUAGAAUUAACCUGUAUAAACAGGUCUUGGGUCUGCAAAUGCUUAGCGCCAAAGUAGUGAACCCUCAACCAGUCCAAGAAGCCAAACCGCAGAUGCUUAAUUUAAAAUUCACUGGCACAUCCAAUCAGAUUUUGUGCGAUAGGUAUCGAUUGGCGUAAAUCGUAGAGUGCAUUGUGCGCUUCAUAAUAGUGUUAAUUUAAACUUGAUACAGGGUUGUGACUGAGCCGGCAUGGUAAAAAUUAGGUCGGGGUGCAAAAAAGGUUGAGAACCACUGGUUUCGAGAAUGCCAUUUUCCCUAAUCACAGGUUUGUGGACUGUGGGAGGAAACCUGCACAAAUGUGGAGACUUUAUAUACACUGAGUCAGAGGUGAAAAACCCUUAAGGAUUCUCUCCGAGCAGCUGGAAACUGGUGGGACACAGGCUUUUUACAUUCUGGAACCACGACACGAUGGUCAGCCUUCCGAAAUCGUGUCUGCAUGGUGGCAGCUCUCGUUCUGCACAGAUCGUAUUGUGUUUCAGGUAAAACGUCUUAUUUAAUAAAAUAAAAUCUAAUAAAAUCCCAAAAAA